AUGGGUGAAUUUCAUGAAAAGGAAUUAUACAAAUAUUGGGAAAGGAGAAUUAAAGCACUUGGAAAACCUGAAAUUGUUCUGGAAGAUAAGAUUAGAUUUUACAAUAAGGUUAUUUCAUAUAUUCAUGCUUGGUUUUCAACAUCAGCAGCAAUUUAUGCAUUAAUUAAUGAACCAACAACUUGGUAUGAUGCUGGACAUGGUUGGUCAAUUUCAUAUGAAGUUGUUCUUGCUAUUAGUGUUGGAUAUUUCAUUAAUGAUUUGAUUUUUGGUUUCAGAUUUCCAAAAGCAUUUCCAGAUAAUACCAGUAUGGUAAUUCACCAUUUAGUUUGCAUUAUGGGUAUUUUAUAUUGUCUCAAUUUUAGAAUUGGAGUUUUAUAUUGUGUUACUUUAUUAAUUACUGAAAUUACUACACCAUUCUUACAACACCGUUGGUUUUUCACAUUUUUACAUUAUGAAGGAACUGUUUGGUUCAAAUUGAAUGGAGUUUUGUUUUGGUUAAUGUUUUUGAUUUGUCGUGUUAUUUGGUGUUUCAUUCAAAAUGUUCACAUUUUCUAUUUUGCUGAUCAAUAUAACUUUUCACCAUACCAUCAAAGAGUUCCAAUUGUCAUUCCAUCACUUUUAUUCUUAUUGAAUGUUUUCUGGUUUAUGAUUAUUACAAAGAUUGUCAUUAAAAUGGCAAUUAAAUUCUUUACAAAAAAGAGUGAAAAGACCAUUAAUGAAGAAAAGACCAAUUAA